CGGGUCAGGGGGAGCCAAUCACAGAGCUUGCUAUCUGACUCACAGCACGGAGCUGGAAGCACAGCAGCGUCAGCUGAGUCUGGAUGUGUUGCGGCCGUCGUAGCAAGAAAAAUAAAAUAAUCCACCCAAAAGUAAAACACGACAGUAGAAUUUGCAACCUGACUCGUUCCUAGUGACCCACAAGAGAGAGAGAAGAGAGAAGAGAAGCCGCACAGACGACGCGCAGCGGGGCUAACGCAGCGUUCACAUCAACCCGGCAAACAAAGAGACCCCUUUCCAACGUCAACAUUUUUCCUCCAUAUUCAAUAGUUAUGAGUCAUGUGGCCGUCGACAAUGUCCACGGUCUAGAGCAGCAGCUCGCUGUCCUGGACUUGGCAGCGGCAGAAGGUCAGGGUGGCGGCACUGGCAGGCGGUACAUUCCUCCACAUUUAAGGAACAACGAAAUUCCCCAAAAUGCAGGAAAUGCGUUCUCUGCCGGACGACAGCCCGGCUUCGCCAUGACUCCCGGGCCCAACUACGGCGUGGGCGGCUGGGACGGCGGCCGCAACACCUUUGUGAACGGCUAUCACGACAACCGGCUGAACGGCGCUAACACCUUCAACCGCGGGCCGCCGCGAAUGGAGCGGGGGCGGGGCCUCAGCGGAGGCGGAGGGGGAUACCGCGGCAACAGGGGAGGCGGCACCUUCAACCCCAUCAGCCCCAUCAACCCCAUGCAGCCCAUGGCGUUCGGUGGCUACGAGAAUAAAGGCGUCGGCCAAGCUACUAAAGGCUUUGUCACCAUGCCGACAGACGCCGGCUGGAACACUGUAAAGGAGGUGUACGGUGGCGGCGGCGGCGGAGGCUUCGGUAACAACCGCGGCAAGUCGGCCUUCUUCAACGACCGCGGAAACGCAAACAGAGGACGUUUCGACCGCGGUGGCUUCGGCGGCGGCGGCGGUGGUGGUGGAGGCGGCGGUGGAGGUGGAGGUGGAGGCGGAGGCAACAGUCGCUGGGUUGAGGAGAGCAGAGACGACGAAGACUGGUCCAAACAAACCCCGCAAAACGAACGCCUUGAAAGUGAGCUGUUUUCCAGCAGCAACACCGGGAUCAACUUUGAGAAGUACGACGACAUUCCUGUGGAGGCCACCGGCCAGAACUGCCCGCAUCACAUCGAGAGUUUCCAGGACAUUGCGAUGGGAGAUAUUGUGAUGUCCAACAUCGCUCUGACCCGCUACACCCGGCCGACCCCCGUGCAGAAGUACGCCAUUCCCAUCAUUAAGAGCAAGAGAGACCUGAUGGCCUGCGCACAGACAGGGUCCGGUAAGACGGCUGCGUUCCUGUUGCCUAUCCUCAGCCAGAUCUUCGCGGAUGGGCCAGGAGAUGCACUGGCUGCGGCUAAGGCGUCAGGACAGGACAAUGGGAAAUAUGGGCGUCGCAAGCAGUAUCCCAUCUCCCUGGUGCUAGCCCCCACCAGAGAGCUGGCCCUGCAGAUAUACGAUGAGGCCAGGAAGUUCUCGUACCGGUCGCGGGUGCGUCCCUGCGUGGUGUACGGUGGCGCCGACAUCGGGCAGCAGAUCAGGGACCUGGAGCGAGGCUGUCACCUGCUGGUGGCCACGCCCGGCCGGCUGGUGGACAUGAUGGAGAGGGGCAAGAUCGGCCUGGACUUCUGCAACUACCUGGUUCUGGACGAGGCGGACCGCAUGCUCGACAUGGGCUUCGAGCCCCAGAUCCGGCGCAUCGUGGAGCAGGACACCAUGCCCUCCAAGGGCCUGCGUCAGACCAUGAUGUUCAGCGCCACCUUCCCCAAGGAAAUCCAGAUCCUCGCCAGGGAUUUCCUCGAGGACUACAUCUUCCUGGCGGUGGGGCGGGUCGGCUCCACCUCUGAGAACAUCACCCAGAAGGUGGUGUGGGUGGAGGAGAGCGACAAGCGGUCCUUCCUGCUCGACCUCCUCAACGCCACAGGGAAGGACUCUCUCACACUGGUGUUCGUUGAGACCAAGAAGGGCGCCGACGCCCUGGAGGACUUCCUGUACCGCGAGGGCUACGCCUGCACCAGUAUCCACGGCGACCGGUCCCAGCGCGACCGCGAGGAGGCGCUGCACCAGUUCCGCUCCGGACGCUGCCCCAUCCUGGUUGCCACCGCGGUGGCAGCUCGAGGCCUGGACAUCUCCAACGUGAAGCAUGUCAUCAACUUCGACCUGCCCAGUGACAUCGAGGAGUACGUCCACCGUAUCGGGCGUACGGGCCGCGUGGGGAACCUGGGUCUGGCAACGUCGUUCUUCAACGACAAGAACGGCAACAUCACGAAGGACCUCCUAGACAUCCUGGUGGAGGCCAAGCAGGAGGUGCCGUCCUGGCUGGAGAGCCUCGCCUACGAGCACCAGCACAAGAGCACCGGCCGCGGGCGCUCCAAGAGGUCAAGUUACCGUUCUGCUGGACAGGUUCCCAGGUUCUCCGGUGGGUUCGCCGCCAGGGACUACCGCCAGACCAGCGCCGCUAGUAACCCCGGGGGCUUUGGUGGUCGCGGCGGCGGCCGCAACCAAUCGGUGCACGGAGGGAACCGCGGAUUCGGAGGAGGGGGCUUCGGGAACUUCUACAGCAGCGACGGCUACGGGGGCAACUACUCCCACUCCCAGGUGGACUGGUGGGGCAACUAAACCCCUCCCCCAAAUGACCCUUCACCCCUCCCCCUUUGUCUAUCGUCGUCCUUCUCUUACUCUCACCGUACCCUCCCCUAGUGGUUUAUUUGUUUUCGUUCCACAGCAUGCCCCCCCGUGCGGAAAUGUUGUGCCCCCCCCUUUUAGAUCCUCUUCCUCGUCCAGCAUCCCCUCCACCUCCUCCCAUUACAGAGUCCACAGCCCUAAACGGAUCCCACACAAUAGUCAGUUGUUUUUCAUGGGACUUUGUGUCUUUGAUCGCUUGCUAGCCCCGCCCCCUAAACCCCCACCCCCUCAGCUUCUAGUGCACUUUGGUUCAUCAUCACCGUGACGAACGCAAAGCUCCCCCUUAACGCUGGGGAUUAGAAACGGAGAGUCUUGAGUCGUCGAGUUAAAAAAAAAUAAAACGAUAAUAAAAACUCAGUUUCCCCCUUUAAGCCUUAGUUUCCCCUUAAAAAUCGCUCAGGGGGAAUCACACUGCGGGAGGGAGGUAUGACCUCAAGUUCAUCGACCUUUGGGUUGCGGUGACCG